ACUACCAGCGCCGCCAAGUGGCGAAACCAGUAAAAAAAAAAAGGGGUCAAGAAGAAAACAGCGGAAUGUUGCCCAGGGAGCUGUGAAAGCAAACACGGCCUGACGACGAGAAUUUCCAAGAGAAAUUUGACAGUUCAAUCUACGAAGAUAAUUAUGGAAAAAUUGUCGAAACCCCAAAUAAUAAUUCAUAUUGAAAAAUCCGUUGAUUAUUCUCUUUUUGAUACAAAAUGGAUACCGUGCAGUACGAAAUUUGUGGUUAUGGGCUCGAAACCUCGAGGUACCGGAGUCAUUCAAGUUUACGAGAUUUCAAAUGGCGAACUUAAACUUGUUAAGGACAUUCCACGCUCGAAUCCUAUUAAGUGCGGCACAUUCAAGUCUUCCAGUCUCCGGAAUCGGCACUUGGCAACUGGUGAUUUCAAGGGAAAAUUGAAUAUUUACAAUUUGGAAGAUCCGUCAGUUCCUGUUUAUACAGCCAAUGCGCACAAUGAAAUAAUCAAUGGGAUAGAUGGUGUUGCAGGCGAAAGCGUUGGUUGCGGUGCCCCAGAAAUAGUCACCGGAUCCAGAGAUGGAAGUGUAAAAGUAUGGGAUCCUCGUGAGAAAGGUCGACCCGUAGCGAUCAUGGAGCCAAAAGCUGGAGAGGCUCGACGUGACUGUUGGACCGUUGCAUUUGGAAAUUCCUACAACUCUGAAGAAAGAAUCGUUGCAGCAGGAUAUGACAAUGGAGAUGUCAAAAUGUUUGACCUGCGUGCGAUGUCUCUGAGAUGGGAAACAAAUCUCAAAAAUGGUGUCUGUUGUUUAGAAUUCGAUAGGAAAGACAUUGCAAUGAACAAACUCAUUGCCACAACUUUAGAAUCCAAAUUUUAUGUCUUUGAUUUGCGAACGCAACAUCCCAAAAAAGGAUUCGCUUAUUUGAACGAAAAGGCUCACAAAUCAACAGUCUGGUUGGUCCGGCAUUUGCCCCAAAAUCGGGACAUAUUCAUGACUUGUGGAGGUGCAGGUUCUCUGUGUCUAUGGAAAUACAAUUACCCUGAUAAAAGAAGACUCGCAGAUGCAGAAGGAAUUUUCCAGGGUGUUGUAGGGAAUCUUAGCUUAUUACAAAACAGCACACUAUCGUCUCAGCCGGUCAGCUCUUUGGAUUGGAGUCCAGACAAACAGGGUUUAGCCGUAUGCACAUCUUUCGACCAGUGCCUGCGUGUUAUAAUUGCCACAAAGCUCAACACAUAUUGAUUAGCAUAUAAAUAUAAGGAAUAUAUGUAUUUCAGCACCGUAAUCUGAUUUCAGAAAAAACUCAAUUUUCCGACUAAAAGAGUUCAUCCUAAAAAUCUGCUUAAAGAAUAAACCGUCCUGAAAGCCACUUUGAACGUAACGUAGAUCUAAUGAAAACCUUAAUAUUCAAUGAAGGAGCUAAUUAUAGUUGAUUUAUCCAAGCGGAAGUACUAGUUUGAAUAGUCAAUUGAUUCGGAACAUGUUCUGAGCAUUUCUUAUUUAAUAAACUUCGAUAGAAAUGAAUUAUAGCUUUAUCACCAUCUUAAUAUAUUUAUAUAAUGGAAAAGUACGAUUUUUACUCUUAUCUUCAUCUAUUUGUAUUGAGAUAAAAACGUAUUCCAUAGUGUUAUUUAUUUUUUCGAUGCUGAUAACUUUGUGUGAGUACUGACGCAAUAAAAUUCUUGCUGCAACAAUAAAAACAGUAUUUAACUAUCAAAAUAUAUUGAAUGCACAGAAUUUUUGUGUUUGUGCCAAAAGUUUCAAACAUCGCCUUAAAAAUAGAUUUAUGAGACUGUUAAACGUUCAGGAUGGACAGGAUGCAAAUUGAUCACGUAUUUCGGACUAGGUACAAAUAAAGGAAACGUUAAUAAUGAA